CACGGCCGAAGAAGAUUGGAAGCCACAUUAAUUGCCGACUCGAUAGGAAUUUGGUAGCCUGUGAUAGCAAAAUACUUGGCACAUAGAUCUAUUUCACUGCAGAGCCAUUCAUUUCUCAGUCAAUCAAUUUAUGAUCAGAAGAGAUCUGGCACUGACGGGCUUCACCCAGGAAUACUUCACUGUAUUCAAUCCUCGAAAUUCCCUCCUACAAUGCUUCCCAGAAUUCAUCCCUAUCUUGGCCUUCUCCCCAUGCUGAGAUUCAAUUCCAUGUUCAGAAAACUGGGCGAAUUGGAUGAGCCGAAAUACGAAUAUUGGAAACACCGAAUAAGUUAUAAGCGCCAUAAUAACUUUUAUGAAUAUUUAUCGAAAAGUCUUGUCGGUUCAACAUAUAUGUUGUUCCUCGUCUUGAUACUGCUGCUUCAGCUACUAUGCGUCAGUAUCCUCAACAUCGGCAUCACUCAGCUAGAUAUAUUUGCAGACAAUAGCUUGUCAUCUCACCCAUCGGUUUUAAAAAAGCCAGGUGUUCUACAUUUCCCAAUCCAUCAUCAUCCGAUCAAUUUUCUUGACCGAAUUACUCACCAGCAUGGCUUCCUGCUAACGCGUUGGAUGAGAGAACUCCACGGGACACCUUGUCUGCUUGCCCUAGAAUCUCGAUAUGAGAAAGGCAUGCGUGGAUACACUUGUCACUCGCGAUUCUUGUCAGAGUGGGCGGCGGCGAAGUAGACAUACCCCUCCAUAUAUAUCACUGUUCACCGCGAGGCUGCGACGCUGCAUGUAACACUGAC